AAGAAAUUGAUUGGUUGAUUUAGGCCAUGUGACAUUGUCUUAUAUUUUCAUUGGAUAAUGUGUAAGUGCAACAGAGGUUAUUCAUUUUGACACGUUUAAUGAAAAAAUCAAUCAGUAUGAAGUUAAUCGAGAUCUAUUUGAUACUUGCACUUAUUGUUAUCACAUAUUCAUCUGCCAUUCCUAAACCCGGUGAAGACAAGAAGAACAGAGUUCAUGAACAGAAAUUGAGUGAAGCUGAGCAUGAACACGAAGGUGAACACAAUCCAGAUUAUGACCAUGAAGCCUUCCUUGGCAAGGACGAGGCCAAAACGUUCGAUCAGCUGACACCAGAGGAAAGCAAGGAGAGAUUAGGAAUUAUAGUUGGGAAGAUAGACAAGGAUGGAGAUGGGAAGAUCACAGAGCAGGAACUGAGGGAUUGGAUUCAGUACGUCCAGAAACGUUACAUCAUCACAGACACAGACAGGAUGUGGAAGGACCACGAUGUGGAGUCAGAUAAACUCUCCUGGUCUUCUUAUAAAAAGAGAACAUAUGGAUCAGAAGAUGAUCCUACUGAUGAAGAUUCCUCCACAUUCAGCUACAAGGACAUGAUUGAGAGGGAUGAGAGGAGAUGGAAGGCAGCAGAUAAAGACGGGGAUGGCUACCUCAAUAAGGAGGAGUUUGCCGACUUCCUUCACCCUGAGGAGGCCGAACAUAUGAGAGAUAUUGUUGUCAAGGAAACAAUGGAGGACAUUGACAAAGAUAAGGAUGGAUUUAUCAGUUUAGAAGAGUAUAUAGCUGAUAUUUAUGACGAGGAAGAUGAUGACCCUGAUACAGUCCAAGACGAGGAAAACCUCCAUGCAGGGACCCCUGACUGGGUUCAAAGUGAGAAGGACCAGUUCAUCAACCACAGGGACAAAAACAUGGAUGGCAAGCUGGACCAAGAGGAGGUCAAGGCCUGGGUCAUCCCCGAGGAUUAUGACCACAGCUCGGCAGAAGCCUUGCACCUGGUUAAUGCCUGCGACGAUAACAAGGAUGGCAAAUUAUCAAAGGAAGAAAUUCUUGAACACUAUGACCUGUUUGUGGGCAGCCAGGCAACAGACUUUGGGGAGGCUCUAACAAGACAUGAUGAGUUUUAAAAACGUGAAGCUGUAGUUCAUCUUGUGCAAUGCACCGACAAUUUUAGCAUUUUUUUUUCAUCAGGUUAUGUUUGUCUAGUUUAAAGUGUAAAUUACCUGUCAAGAGAUUGAAAGUGUGAAUUUUGUUUCACAAGUCGGGUGGAUUUGUAGAGAGUGUUAAUGAAUGAAAGGCACAUUUCUUAUUAUGAAAUGUUUGACGUAUACAAUUGUACAUUCAGCUAUAAGAAAAUUCCUGUAGAUAUCAACCAGGCUUUUGAAUAUGUUUGAUAAAGAAAUACUCUCUAAUCAUUAACUAGUCCCUUAAACAUGUUAAAGAUUUAGGACAUAAAUUUUACACUAAACAUUCUUUUGAUAGGUUCUAUACAAUAAAAGUGAAAACCAAAUGUGGUCGUGUAUAUGUGUGUGCAUGUUUAUAACUGUGACACUGUAUUCCUUGUGCAGAUGCCUUAUUGUGUAAAUAGCUUGUAGUGUACAGGUGAAUUGUUUUUUUUCCUCCUUGGUUUAUGGUAGUUUUUAUAUUUUGCUAUAAUACAAAAUAUGCUUCCCAUUAUUUCAAUAGUUUAUUUUAUUAGUGUCCGGUAUUAAUUUACUGGAAAUGUUGUUAUGAGAAAUGCUAUUUGUGUAUACAUGUAUUGUCAGUUUGCUGUAAUUUUGGUUUAUAAAUGUAAAUCAAAGUUUUUCUUCACAAAAGAAGAGUCGUAAAGGAACACAAUCAUAUUGUAUGAAUUUUUUUUAUGCAUUUUAUUGUGUAGUAAGGAUGGUAUUCAAAUACAGAAUUGCUAAUCAGUUCAUUGCAUCAUGUUUCAAAUAAUUAACUCAAAUAAGAAAUUUUGAUUUGUCAUUAUUCGGUCAUAAAUAAAUCAUUAAUGCUCGAUAUUUUUGAAAGAAUAUUCUUUAAAAAAAAUGAAUAAAUAAACCAUUUAUGAUAUAUAUAGAUAAAUUUUAAAAAUAUUGCAAUUUAGGAGCUUGAUUGAAGCAUAUUUGCAAAUGAUUACCUUUAUUCUGCCUGAUGGUUAAUUGAUUACCAGUUGUCAUUCCUAAUAACCUAGUAUGCUUUCAAUACAUUUAACAGAUGCCAUGAUAUGUAUCAUUUAUUAAGAUCUGAAAGGUUCACAAGAAUGCAUGCUUUAAUUUUGAAUGAUUUUAAGCUCAUAUAAACAAGCUUUAUUUUACAAGUGCAAAUAUUGAAAGUUUACUAUAGAUGCCAAAUAUUACAGUCAAAGACUUUUUUUUUAGCUCUGGAAAGAUGUUUUGUGUAACAUAUAAAAGCAGCUUUUCUUAUUAAAUGAUAUGUUUAGUUGUUCUAUGAAGAAUUGAAAAACAUGUACAUGUAACAGUUUUGUGAUUCAGAUUUUUAUGUGUAAACUUAGAAUUAACAAAAAUUUUCUUACAGUGUUUAGUGCAAAUAUUUUGGAAAAAAUAAUUGUUUCAACAAAAAUGGUAUUUUUGGCAAAACCAUAUGUAGAGAGUUUAUAACUGCAUGAAUUUUUUUUUUUAAUUUCACAAAAUUAAUUUUUUUAAGGUGCCAGAUAUGAUAAUCAAAUUGAAAGUGUCUUUAAAAUCUGUAUGUAGUGAGAAUGUUUCAGAUUUUUUUUUAAAGUCCCUUUUCAAUUAUUUAUAUCUGUGUUAAUUUAUGAACAAAAAAGAGUCGUGCAUAAUUUAGUCAGGUGAAUUUUACUCUCAGUGAAGGACUGUACUUUUUUUUCUUUAUGUUAGAAAGGUUGUAGUAGUGUCUCAAAAUCAUUGGUCUGCCAAGAAAUUUUAUUUUUAAAUGCUUGCCACUAUAUUAAUGCCAAUUCAGAAAGCAUUGAGUAAACAAUAAUUUUAACCCCCAAAAGGUUGGAUUGAAAAUUAGUCUAAGUAUAAUACAUUCAUUUUUUUCUUUGAGAUGUUAUUUGAUAGAAUAUUCUGCAAUAAACGCUGGAUAUUUGUUUAAGUUUAA